AUGAGUCAGGAAGCUGAACUGCCAGCGCCGCAGGACGGUGAUGGCAUCAACGGGCGUUUCACCAAUCCUCGUUUCUCACGCUUAAUGGGUGCGCUGGUUGAAGCUUGUGACAUCGCAGAAGGGGAAAAACCUAAGAUUGAAGAAGUCGAAGAACCAAAUCCCUUAGAUGCCCUGGCGAAUGCUGCCUUGGAUCUAGGCGAAGUGAAAAAGCAGCCGCCUGAGCCAUCGCCUAAAAUACAACAACUCCCACCAACCUCUGCUCUGCUUCAACCUCCACCAAACAUACAAGCGCCACAACAGCCUGAGCCACAGCUCCAACAACCACAACCACAAUACAGCCAGAUGCGUCAUGAGUCUCAUAGACCACUCCUCCCGCAACCUCUCGCACCUCCAAUGUACCCUUCCUCUACAGACUUGCGUAGAUACUCUGCACCCCAGUUCGCUGGUCCACCACCUCCUCACCUCCACCCUCCGUUACAGAAUCACCCUCAUGUCCAUCCUGAAGGGCCUCCACAGCAACAAUUACCCCCGGUAGCAACAAGGUCACAGUCCCAAGUGCUUCCCCACCUCAGUGAACAUCUGCGUCUACCUAAUAUAUUUCCUCCGAGGACUCAACAUCUACCUCCCUUGCAAGAAAUGGGCUACCAUCGCCCCAGCCUCCCUCCGCCUCCAUAUCAGGCACCUCCUCCACCACAUCAACCACCACAUCAACCACCCCCGCCACCACCACCAAAUAUGCAGCCUCCCGCUCACGGAAUGCCCAUGGCCUAUCCUCAUCACCCGCAGAAUGUUUAUCCUCACCUUCAGUAUUUGCCUCCACCGCCAAAUAUGCAAUAUCAUCCACACCCACCACCCCCUCCACUUCCGCCUUCUCAUCAGCCAUUACAUCUACCCCCAGGUGCCCAUGGGCCCCAGGGAUAUCACCACCACCAUCACCAGGCCUACCAACAACCACCUCCACACCAACCUCGGUAUUAG